UGUUUAAUGUUUACAUGUUGUUGACAUUCAAAGCCGAUUGGUAAAUUAAUAUAACAACAAUCAUAAGUAUAGGAUAUUUUAUUUUGUGGAGGCAUUAAUAUAUUGGAUUCGUAGAAUAAUUGCCAGUUGUCCAGCCAGAUAUUAGAAAGCUGAACCGAAUAUAUUUGAAGCCUUUAAAAUUCUAAAAUGCAAACCAUGAAGGUACAAGUACAACUUAUGCAACCUAACACCGAAUCGGUCUUAGUGACUGAACAUUCUUUACCACACGGCAUUAUUUUCAAAAAUACAAAUCUACUAAACGAUGUUAAUUGUUGGCAUAAGUUUAUUGUACACAAUAGUGAAAAUCAUUCACGCAAUGAGGUGUUACAAGCUAUUUUAGACAAAGUACAUCCUCUAGAUUUAAUACCCGUUUCUUAUUGGAAAGAUAAGAAUGGGUCCUGUUUUCUUGCAAGAAAUUGUGGCCCAGCCAUACAAAAGCUUUGCAAAGAUAAUUUGGUUGUUCCAGCUCCUAAGAGUACAAUUCCGUAUAAAAUAUCAAUAAUCCUUAAAUUUGCAACAACAGGAGAAUUUAAAAUAGAUGUACAAAAAAACAUAUUGAAGGUUUUAUCAAAAAGAUAUGACAUGACUACAAGAACGUUGGAUUUGUCCAAUUUUUAUGAAGACCCUGAUUUAACAGAAUUCUGUGCUCUUUCCCAACCAAAAAUUAUGUUUUUUGUUUUGCACUUAACAAAAUCAUUAGUUCCUUUGCCAGAAAACUAUAUAAUGUCCAAUAAUAAAAUUAAAUUACUGAACCCUUUAGAAUCAAUCAGUAAAUUAACUUCUCCAGUUAAAUCUUUGGACUUGAGGAAUAAUUUGCUGGAAAGCUUUGUUCGCCUGAAUGAACUGAAACUAUUCAAAUUGAAAGAUUUAUAUUUAGACGGGAAUCCCCUAUGUGAAAAAGUUACAGAGGCUGAAUAUAUACAAGGAGUAACGAGCUUAGUUAAAGAUUUGGUGACAUUGGAUGGUAUUCCAAUCAGAAUUGGAUCUUUGCCCGUUUCCAAGAAAGUCUUUUUAUGUAAUGAUGAUGGUAAAGAGUUAGUCGAUCAGUUUUUGGAGCACUAUUUUUAUAUUUACGAUUCGCAAAAUCGCAAACUCAUUCAAGAACUUUACCAUAAAAACGCCAUGUUGUCUGUAAAUGCUAUAUACGUCAACUCACAGAUAACAUCUGCAUCAACUAGGCUUUAUAGAUAUAACCAAAUAUCUCGCAAUUUGCAUAAGCUAGCUGAUGUUUCGAUGGUUUCAAAAAAUUUGUUUAGAGGAAAUCAAGAUAUUACAAACAUUCUGACUAGUCUACCUGCUACCGAACAUGAUCCAUAUUCAUUUCUGGUUGAUCUCAUUCAUUAUACUCCGCGUUGUGCAAUUAUUGGGGUAUCCGGAGUAUUCCGCGAGCGCGCAGAAUCGCUUUUAGAAACUGAAAAAGUGUACGGAUUUAGAAGACUUUUUACAAUAGAAACUGUCAAUCACAGCGGCUUGUGUUUCAUAACGAACGAAGAAUUCCACGUUUAUAACGCGAUGACUUGGCAAGUGAUGAACAGUUUCCAAGUAGCUAAGCCUAUUAAUGCCGUGACUUUAUCAUCGACGAUUCCACAAACUGAAAAGGAUCAACAGAAAGUUAUCGAAGCGCUUAAAGUUAUCUCCACUUUGAACACAGAAUGGUCGAAAAAGUGUUUGGAAGAGUGUAACUACGACUUAAAACGAGCGUUAUCUCUGUUUGUAGAUUUAUAUAAACAGAAUCGAAUUCCCGAGGAAGGAUUUGAAGAUGCUAAGAAAAAAGCGUAAUGAUUUAUAACUUUAAGAUGUGCGUGCUUAUUUGGAUGUUUUAAUUAAGUAAUGUUCGUUUGAUUAAUUAAUAGAG